GAAAAUUGCGCAUUUUCUUUGCUAAUUGACGACCAUAUGCUCGAACGUGUAAUAUCUUGCACGGAAUUAGAAGCUUCUCGAGUUUUGGGUAAAAAAUUUGGAAUUUUAAAAUGGGGACCAAACUUCUUUUUCAACACCGUGAAAUGUUUACCGUUUACCAAAAUAUUGAGAUUUAUUCGCUUUGAUAAGAAAAGUGAUGGAGGUCAACGUUUACAAAGUGAUAAAUUUGUUUCUAUGUCAAUUGUAUAUGUCGAUUGAUUUUACAUAUCAUUAAGCUUUCAUGCACAUGGGCACGUGAUCGAAGUAUGCCCGAUCAACGCGUUCCUGCGUACGUGUACGCAAGAAUUACCAAUUAGCCUCAGAGCGCAAACUCCAAGGCCAUCAUGGUCUGACCUUUCUAGAAUCGAUGUCAGCUGUAUGACAUAAGUUUAUUCAAAAUAGUCAGAGUUGCGACAAACUAGGUGGAAAUGUUGCAAUUGGCAAACAACUCUUUCCAUCUAAAGCCAGAUGCAGAUUCAUUCAAUAUAUAUUUGGUAUUAAUUGCACUACGUAACAUGGGAUUUUUUUCGUAAGAAAUCAAAGUAAUAAAUCAAUAAAUAUAAAAAUAUUCGUAUUUAAAGACCAGUCACUGGUUGAUUGGUUCGAUCCUCAUCGGUAUUGUUAA